AUGUGGACUCCAUCCCUGCUCCUCCUCGUCACCCUGCUUGCCAUCGUCUCCCUCAAAUGCAAAGCUACCACCGAGCUGCUUGGUCCAGAGAAGAUCACCCGCCUCCGCUUCUACCUCCAUGACACCCUGAGCGGGAAGGACCCGAGCGCGGUCCUUGUUGCUCGUGGCGCCGAUCAUAGGGCGAAGACUCGUGAUCCAGUGCCCUUCAGUUCCGUCUACGCCGCCGACGAUGUGCUCACCGAGGGCCCUGCAAGGCGAUCCAAGGUGGUGGGGAACGCUCAAGGCCUGUACGUCGCAUCCGGGAAAGGCGAAGCGGCGCUCGUUCUUGGCAUGGACUUCGAGCUCACGCAGGGUCCGUUCAAUGGCAGCGCGUUCGUCGUGUUCUCGCGGAACACGAUCACGCACCCGGUUGGCAGGGAGCUCGCCAUUGUUGGCGGCCGUGGCGCGUUUCGGAUGGCGCGGGGUUUCGCCUUGCUUCGGACGCAUUACUUGGACGCCAACAAUGGCGAUGCGAUCAUAGAGUAUAACGUGACCCUUUUGCACCAUUGA